CGCACCCACGCGACGCGCCCAUCUCUUGACGCACCGCCGUCUCAGGAGGAUCGCGACGCGCCGCACGCGUGUCCACGAGGCUUCAGUUCGCGAGGCCGAGCAACCCAGGGAAGGGUCGAUUUUAGGGUAAGCAAAGAUGCAGUCUGGGCUCCGCGGAUUCGCGGCGAGGGCUGUCCGCGGGGUGCAGCGCCAGCAGCAGCGGCGCAUGGGCGCGGGUCCCCCCGGCGGGUACUUCGCCGAGGGCGUGCAGGGCGAGGGCCACGUCAACGGCAGACUCUUCAACGAGACCCCGCCGCCCCCCGGCCAGUCGCGCAAGUGGGAGGACUGGGAGGCGCCCUGGUACGCCACCAUGGCUGCGGUCGGGGCCAUCCUGGUGUUCGGCCUCAGCGCCAAGCCGGAGACGAGCGGCUCGGAAUGGGCGCGCGAGGAGGCCAAGAGGAGGCUCGCCGCCUCGGGCAAGUAAUGCAGCGGAGUAGUUCGCCUUGUAAUGUAUGAGUAUUUCAACCUU